AAAAUUACUCUUCGGACUCUAGAUAAGGGGAAUGUUGAUCAUAAAAGCUUUUUAAUCUAUUUGUAAAUUUAUCAUAAAACGUCAACAGUCGGUAUUGUUAAUUUAAAAGUUUUUCUUGCUCCAAAUAAUUACGUGAAUUUCCAUUUAUUGUGUGACGUCAAAAAUUAUUGAAUAAUAGCAAUAAAAGUGAAUAAUUUACAAAUUUUUGUAUGCUGUAAAAGUUCCUUGUCAUAUCAGAAAAACAAGAUUACAUCAUUGUAUUUUUAAUAAUUAAUAGUUGUAAAAGAAAAUUUUUUUCCUCAAGUGAUUCGGAAAGUGAUAAAAAAUAAAAAUACGACAUAUAUAAUACAGAAAUAUAAAUAAAUGGAUAAAUAAUAGAAAUAAUUAAUAAAUAUAAAAUAAACAAAAUAAGAAAUUAAUAUAAAUUUAUUAAAAUAAACAAUGGCGAAAGUAAUAAUUUCACGUGAUAAAUGUUUAUUACGAUCUCUGUAUCAAAUACCAAGAGGAAAAUAUUAUUCAACAAAUGUCAACGAUGUUAGAUCUCCAUUAUCUGGAAUUAGGGUCAUGGAUUUGACAAGAGUUGUUGCGGGACCCUAUUGUACAAUGCUCUUAGGUGAUUUGGGUGCAGAAAUAUUAAAAAUUGAAGAGCCAGGUAUUGGUGAUCAAACACGACAAUGGGGACCAUUUUUUGGUAAUUCAAAAAAAGCCACAGCCUAUUUUGUCAGUUUAAAUCGUAACAAAAAAAGUAUUUGCAUUGAUUUAAAACGAGGCAAAGAAAUUAUUUAUGAUUUAGCAAAAAAAUCUGACGUACUUAUGGAAAAUUAUGUACCUGGGAAAUUAUCCAAAUAUGGAUUAAGUUAUGAAGAAAUUCAUAAAAUUGCUCCACAUUUAGUUUAUUGUUCAUUAACUGGUUAUGGGUACAAAGGUCCUUAUAGAAACAGACCGGGUUACGAUGUAAUAGCAGCAUCUUACGGAGGACUUUUGGAUAUGACUGGACCAGAAAAUGGUCCUCCAUGUCGUCCAGGCGUUGCAUUGACUGAUAUUUCGACAGGUUUAUAUGCUCACGGUGCAAUAAUGGCAGCACUAAUUCAAAGAACAAAAACAAAUGAGGGCCAAUGGAUUCAAUGUGAUUUAUUGUCAACGCAAAUAGCCAAUUUAAUAAAUAUUGGCUCAGCAUAUUUAAAUGGAAAUCAGGAGUCAAGAAAAUGGGGUUCAGCAUUAGACAGUAUUGUUCCCUAUGAGGCAUUUAAAACAAAAAAUGGAUGGUUCACCGUUGGAACUGGUAGCGAUGGACAAUAUCGAGAUUUAAUUAAUCGAAUGAAUCUCCAACAAUUGAAUGAUAAAUAUGAAACAAAUGCAAUACGUGUGAAAAAACGCGAUGAAUUAGUGGCAAUAUUGAAAAGUGUUUUUCUCAAAAAAACCAAUGAUGAAUGGUCUGAAAUUUUUGAAGGUGCUUCCUUUCCUUAUGCGCCUGUUAAUAAUAUGAAAAAUACGUUCAACGAUAAACACAUUAAGGAAAUAGGAAUAGUGAAGGAAGUGGAAAUUCCUGAGGAAGGAACAGUGAAAAUAGUUGGACCAGCCGUCACUUAUAGUGACAGCAAAAAUGAAAUUCGCUCACCGCCACCGAAAUUAGGACAAAAUACUAUAGAAGUUAUGAGAGAUAUUUUACAAUAUCCAGAGGAUUCUAUCAAGAAUUUAUUAAAAAACGGCGUUAUACAAUAGAGAUUUUUUUAUUAUUGUUUUAAUCUUUUAUUUUUAACUUCUUGAAAGUUGAAAAUAUUUUUAAAAUUGAAUUUUUUUUAAACUUAAAAAAAUGUAUAAUUAAUUUUUUCUUUUUUAAAUAUUUUUAAAUAUUAAGACUUUUUACAAAUAAAUAUAUUUUAUGUAUUUAUGGAAAUAAAUAAGAAAAUUUUAUACCAAGAAAAUAAA